AUGUACAAGAUGAACAUCUGCAACAAGCCCUCCAACAAGACAGCUCCCGAGAAGAGUGUGUGGACGGCGCCCGCACAGGCCAGCAGACCCUCGCCGGAGCUGCAGGGCCAGCGGUCCCGUCGGAAUGGGUGGAGCUGGCCCCCUCACCCGCUCCAGAUUGUGGCUUGGCUGCUCUACCUCUUCUUCGCUGUCAUUGGCUUUGGGGUCCUUGUUCCCCUCUUGCCUCACCACUGGGUGCCCGCUGGCUAUGCUUGCAUGGGCGCCAUCUUUGCCGGCCACCUCGUGGUUCACCUGACUGCUGUCUCCAUCGAUCCAGCAGAUGCCAAUGUGCGGGACAAGAGCUAUGCAGGGCCACUGCCCGUCUUCAACCGCAGCCAACACGCACAUGUCAUUGAAGAUCUGCAUUGCAACUUGUGCGACGUAGAUGUGAGCGCUCGCUCCAAGCACUGCAGCGCCUGCAACAAGUGUGUAUGCGGUUUUGACCACCACUGCAAGUGGCUCAACAACUGCGUGGGCGAGAGGAACUACCGGCUCUUUCUACACAGUGUGGCAUCUGCCUUACUGGGUGUCCUGCUCCUCGUGCUGGUGGCCACUUACGUCUUUGUGGAGUUCUUUGUCAACCCCAUGCAGCUGCGCACCAAUCACCACUUUGAAGUCCUGAAGAAUCACACAGAUGUAUGGUUUGUGUUCCUGCCCGCUGCCCCUGUGGAGACGCAGGCUCCUGCCAUCCUGGCCCUGGCGGCCCUACUCAUCCUUCUGGGCCUGCUUUCCACAGCCCUGCUGGGCCACCUGUUCUGCUUCCACAUUUAUCUCAUGUGGCACAAGCUCACCACCUAUGAGUACAUCGUGCAGCAUCGCCUGCCACAGGAGGCAAAGGGGGCCCACAGGGAGCUCGAGUCAUGUCCCCCCAAGAUGCGGCCCAUUCAGGAGAUGGAGUUCUACAUGAGGACCUUCAGCCAUGUGCGCCCAGAACCCCCUGGCCAGGCCAGGCCUGCCACAGUGAAUGCCAAUCUUUCCCAGUUCUUUGCCACCCAAGGCCAAGUGGAAGCCCCGCCACCCUCUUCCCCAGAGACUCGGGCUCUGUCCCCCCGGAUCCGACCCCAGAAAAAGAGGAAGCGGCGAGCGUAUAAGGUGCCAACCUCUGGGACCUUGGACCCCGAAUCGCAGCUGCCUAGGCUGCCAGGGCCCCGGGCCCCAGGCCACAGCUCCAGCUCCUUGUCAGAUUCCGCCGGCGCCAGCCCAGUGCACGCCGCUGGGCCUGCAAGCGCCUACCACUCGGCAUCAGCCGAGUCCAUGGACGAGAUUCCAGUGGCACAGACCCGCCUGGGCAGCGCCGCUCUGGCCGCCCCAGGGGGCAGGGGCCGAGAGCCUGGGCUGACGCUGCAGGUGCGUGCGCCCGCGGUUUUCGUGAGCCCGAGCAGCGGCAAGCCCGGGGCUCGGGGCAGCCCGGAGGCCGGCCUGGAUUAGUCGGAGGAGAGGCAGGAGGGCCAAGGAGUAGCGGCCAGCCGGGAUUCUCUAUGCAAACACCCCCACCCUCGCCGCACCGAGUGCACUUUAGGAGCCCCUGCUGUCGGCGGGAUGGGACCACUUACCCCACGACUCAGCAAUACCCGCCCCACCGGCCAUCAUGCUCCAAUAAAAAAUUUUUUUUUUUAAUGCUU